ACUUUUUUCACAGUGGUCAAUGUCGGACGUUCAAGGCGUCCCUUCUGUGUAGCUAGACACUCACGGGCGUGUAAGGACGUCCAGAGGCGGUCGGAGUGGGGGCUGGCUGGACUGGAAGGGUCUGUUCUGGACGCCGGACCAGCCAGUCGCGAUGUGGACGGGUCUAGACCGCCAUAGGGUACCUAGAUACUACCGCAUAGUUUUGGACGGCGAGGUCGUCCAACCGAUUUGCCAGACGUUUCUGGUCGCACAGGACGUUACGGUUCAUUCUGGACGUUGUUCAGACGUCGCGCCAGAUGUAGCUGGACGUCCAAAUACAUUUGUUUUGGACUCUGCUGGACGAGUGUUCGUCCAUUACACGUCCAACAAGGUCCAGUUGGAGGUCGCACGCGAACAAGUACCGCGAUCGGCUCAUUAAUCUGUAGAUAUCUGUAGAUAGACAACUAGACGAACACCGGAAAUACCGUUGGCAACCUUCUGUUUCGCGUAUUAUCGCGGUAUAAAAUCCCAUUACUGGUGUAUGUACUGCUUCAAAUGCCCCUUUUGCCCUCACGGCAGCAGCCCAGCCCACCAGCGGGUCACGCAUGGCCGCAUAGCACAUUAUUGGUCUUCACUGAGCCAGCAUCCAGUCAGUGCCGCUGAAACAGUGCUCCGGGGAUCAUGGCAAGCACACUCGUGGCUCUAGCUCUCAUGUGCUCGACGGCCAUCCACGGCAGAUAUAUCAACUCUGUGAUGUCAGCCUUCGACGCGACGGUUUUCCUAACCGCAAGCAGGUGUCCAUUCCCUGUUUGUAAUAGGGCCCUUACACUGCUUACGGGGAGCGCUUUUACAUGUGCGAACCCGACAACCGCCCGCUUCCCUGGAGAUGGUUUGUGCGUACCACUCACUUCAACCCGCUGAGACCAAAUGAGUUGCAGCGAAUGACAGGCAAUGUGACGUCUACAAGUGGAAUCAUUGAUAACAGCAACUGGGCUACAACAAUAAUCGAUAUUCGGUCAAACAACCAGUGGAAGGAAAACGCCUUUGUCUUUAAAUUUAAAAACCAGGCAUGCCAAAUUGCUAAAGUACAUGCUCCUGCAUUUUACAAGCUGGUCUUCAAGAAGAGAGAAGUUAACGGCGCGUGCAUAUUUCACCCUGGAGUUUACGAGUUCAAUAAUACCCCAAUUGACUGGACUUUUCCACAGGUUCCUAUCAUGCCUUAUGGACAUUAUAGGGCCAGAGUUAUGGUUGGUAAAGCGGAAAACCUAUACUCAUGCUUUGUAGGGGAAGCGCGGGCUAUUCCGAAGCUCGAUUAGCACUUCAAUCUUUAUGGUUAGUUCCCGAUAUAUCUCACAGCUUUUGCUCAAAUAUGUGGUUCAAACAGGCCUGGCACGAACAAUAUAUCGUUUGCUUUAUUACUCGAAAUAAGGGAGACCGGGGCUACUUUGACCACUGGGGCUACUUGAACACCCCUUCCCUUUCGAAAGAACCGCGUACCAUAUGGAAAAUUCGGGCUUGGCCCCUUCUGGAUAUUCAACUGCUCACAUAAUUUUUACAAGGUGGUGGUAGUGUUGUCAUUCCCUGCUGCGCAACAGAAGAGCGACGCAGCUAGGCUUCAAAACUGGGGUAAGAUGUAAUAUUUAGUAGUUGGUUUUGAACUGCUUUUGCUAUUAGAAAUGAUGCGGCUGACUGUCUAUGCAGCGUUUCUGAUUUCUAUAGACUACGAUUCAACCUGGGUACGCGUCAAGGGACCAAUCCUUGUGGCCGCUAUGGCCCGGUAUUUCUUAGUUCACUCUUUGGGGCACCAUGACUAUCUUUUUGUGGGGCACCUUGAACACCCCUAAAUUUUCAUUUUCUCACGAGCUUUGGUCUAUUUGCGCAUUUAUUCUUGUCUGGAAUACCAUAAAAUAAAUCAGGUGACUCCGAGAAGUCGACAAGGGGGAACUUUGGCACCCUAACCUCAACGGAUUGGGCGAAACGUACCGGAGCCCAACCAAUGUUUACUUUACAGGGGGAAAUGUUGCGAAAAUAUGUUAGACGAACGGAGAAGGUGGCAUUCGCCGGGGAGGCAAGGGAUCGUACCCAUACUACGUGACCGAUUUUCACGAAUUUCUGCCCCUCCCCCCUUCGUUACCUGCCGUAGUUUUUGACUUGAGCCCC